AUGAAACCAUCCUUGAGGCAUUUUUAUAAUGCGAUUGGUCCAUUGAGACAGCAGCAGUCUAUAACAGCUAAUUAUAGGAAACUACGUGAACAUUAUGACGUACCGAAAUAUCCUAUUGUUUUAUGCCAUGGUUUUUCUGGGUUCGAUAAAUUGACAUUGCUAGCCAAACCAGAUUUGGCCAUUGGCGAAGCUGUGAGUUCUGCUAAAGAAGCAAUGAAGGACAAGAAUCAAAAGGCAGAUGAAGCGAAGCGACUGAUACUCGAAUUGGAAUAUUGGGUGGGGAUAAAAGAAGCAUUGCAGAAGUUAGGAUCAACCGUAUUUAUAGCAAAGGUUCCAGCCUUUGGUGACAUUGAAAGUCGGGCCCGUAGUUUGGAUAGGUUUAUCACAAAACAAUGCAAGAUACUUAGAGAAAAGGAAUCAAAGUCGACAAUUUAUACAAAUGACGGACACAAGGAUCAUGACACUUUCAAAGAAGAAGGAAAGCCUAUUAAAAUUAAUCUCAUCAGUCAUUCCAUGGGGGGGUUGGACUCUCGGUACCUUAUAUCAAAAAUUCACAGGAAUAACAAUAUUUACAAAGUGGUGUCGCUUACAACCAUUUCAACUCCGCAUCAUGGUUCCGAAUGUGCUGAUUUUCUAGUUGAUCUUGUUGGUGAAAACCCAUUAUUGAAGCAGAUUUGUCCCAGAUCUGUAUUUGAGCUUACAACUUCAUCCAUGGAAAAAUUUAACAAAAACGUACCAGAUGACCCGAAUGUCCAGUAUUUCUCCUUUGGUGCAAAAUUCAAUCCUCGUUGGUACAACUUGUUCAACAUAACGUGGCAAAUCAUGAACUACGAAAUCGGUAAAGAAAAUCCAAAGGGCCAGAGCACCUCUACAAAUGAAUCCCAUUAUGCAAAUGACGGCUUAGUAAGUGUUGAUAGUGCCAAAUGGGGGACUUAUAUUGGCACGCUAGACCAAGUGGAUCAUUUGGACCUCAUAAACUGGACCAAUAGAGCACGCAGUUUUUAUGACAAGAUCAUGUGGGCACAAGACCCGCUUUUCGAUCCAAUUGCUUUGUAUUUGGACAUUGCGGACAAAUUGGCGAAGAGAGGACUUUAG